AUGGAAGGAGCGCACGUCGUCAAAGAAGUAAACCUUAUCGAUUUUUCGGAUAAUGAGGAGAGACUUCAAGAAUCUAAUUCCUCACAAAUCCUUCCGGCUUCCUCUAAAUCAAAGAAGAGGAUUCAAAACGAUCCAAAGAAAAAUUUGUUAAUCAAGGUCGACAUAGACGAAAUAAUAGUUAACACUAAAGAAAAUGAAGAGUACCCAUUUAAGUGUGGUGCGCUCGCACUAUUAGUUAAAUACCAAAGAAGUGAAAUAUCUUUGUGCCUUUUUGGCUUUAAGGAUGAGUUGGUGAUUCCUUUUAAUCAAUUGAAAGGGAUUAAAAUGGGUAAGUCGAAAGUUUUGGAAAUCAGUGUGCCACAUGGGUUCCGGAGAGAGUAUCAUAUUCAUUCAGACGGGUUCCCUUACAAAAAGAACCCCAGAGUAACGAGUAGUGAUCCGACCCAAGGCAUAUUCACGAAUGCUAUUGGAUUUAAGUUACGUCCAAAAGAUUGGGAGCACGAAAAUAAAAUAGCUUUGGUGGAAGCCGGAUUAAACAGCUUGUGUUUUACAAAUUUUGGAAGAGAGAAUAAAUUGUUGAUUAGUAAAUUAUUGUUCGACGAGGAUGAGCUGCCGAAAAUAACGCUUGCGGAAGGAGAGAUCGGUUUUAUGUGCAUAUUUCGCGGGACGAAACUGCCAUUGUCGUUUCCUUACGACGGAACGUUUAGCGAAUUUCUAGAUGUGAUAAGAGAAAAGUUUGAUUAUUUCCCGGAAUGGGUGCAAUAUCUUGAUCCGACGUUUGACGAUAGAAUCACCGUAGUCGAUGAUCAAGAUUGGAUACUAGCCAAAUCUGUGAAUUACAGAAUGAAAAGACCUAAAGACACAUUUAUUAAGAUUUAUCUGUCGUAG